AAUGAAUACAACAAAACAUAUCAAGACGUUUGAUGAGUUUUUGUUUCUUCCGUUAAUAUCCAUGAGUGCAUUCAAGCAUUUCCAAAACUGUAGGUAGAAACUACAAAACUAUAUAUGCUUAUGCUCACUCAAAGUUCUCAACCGUGCGACUGUUUUGGCAUAUGUCCAUGUUGCUGAUGGAGUAUCUUAGGUAGUGUUUGCGAAUCUCAUGUAAAGUGUGCAACUAACCUCCGGUAGGGCACAAAGCGAUAAUUUUGAGGACACUCCUGUAAAUAUGAGACAACGUCAAAAGCACAUUCGUCAUUUUCAACUUCUCCCCUCAGAAAUAGAGAAGAAUAAAACCAAAUCAGAAAAUGAACAAACAAGAAUUAAAAAAAUGAAACCAAAAAAUACAGGAAGAAAUAACUAAGCGGAGGACAAGCCACGUUUGUUUUUAAAGCAGCCUUCCUUCCUUCUCUGCACCUUCUUCAUCUCUCCCCUUUCCUUCUUCUUCUCCUCCUCCUCUCUCCCACCUGAAAAUUUGGCCUCGUAAGCACACACGGUGAGAGAGAGAGAGAGAGAGAGCGGAAAAUAGGGGGAAGAGUAAGAAGAGAAAUAGAGCAGAGAAAUUUAUGCUGUUGAGAUCGAACGAUUGAAUGGUGUGAUAUAUUUAAGAGAGGGGGAAAUUGUAGAAGAGAAAUUCGGCCGUCAGUCGGCAGCUUAAUUCAUUCCUCUGUUUUCUCACUCUCUCUCUCUGUGUGGUUCUCUCAUCUCUGUGUCUUUGUGGCGCACGCUCAAAUCAGAAGCCCUCUGUCUCCCGAAAGACUCUGUCUUUCCUUCAUUCACCACAGAAAAGAAGAAAAUAAUUACAACAUUUUCUGAAUCUCUCCACGUUUCGCUCUUCGUUCGCCACCAUGAUCUCCCUCAGCCGAACCUGUUUUCUGAAUAAGGCGAGCAUCGCUGGCUUGUCUAGCCCCUUUUCAGAUAGGCAGAGAGGAAUUGUCCCUAAAGCUCCUUGCUCGUUGAAAAUCAAGGCAGCGGCGGCAGCAGCAGCUUCCAACCGCGAUCGAAACGGCACCGUAUUAGCAGUCGAGACGGUGACAAAAGAGAUGGCGGAAGCAGAAUCAUUGAUCGACGACUCUCAGCCCACCGUUGCUGGCGGAAUCCGUGAUGCGUACGGUGAGGAUGCCGCCACCGAGGACCAGCCUGUGACUCCUUGGUCCCUCUCAGUUGCUUGCGGCUACUCGUUGUUGAGAGAUCCACGUCACAACAAGGGUCUUGCCUUCACUGAUAAAGAGAGAGAUGCGCACUAUCUGCUUGGUCUUCUCCCACCAUCAGUUCCUUCUCAGGAACUCCAGGUAAAGAAAUUGAUGAAUAUCAUUCGGCAGUAUCAAGUGCCACUACAGAAGUACAUGUAUAUGAUGGAUCUCCAGGAAAGAAACGAGCGCCUGUUCUACAAGCUUCUCAUUGACCAUGUCGAGGAGAUGCUCCCAAUUGUCUACACUCCAACAGUGGGAGAAGCUUGUCAGAAAUAUGGUAGCAUCUUUAGCCGUCCUCAGGGUCUUUACAUCAGCUUGAAAGAGAAGGGUAGGAUCCUCGAGGUUCUGAGGAACUGGCCUGAGAAGAAUAUUCAAGUUAUUGUUGUCACUGAUGGUCAAAGAAUUUUGGGGCUUGGGGACCUUGGAUGCCAGGGAAUGGGAAUACCAGUUGGAAAGCUCUCCCUAUAUACCGCUCUAGGUGGAGUUCGUCCUUCAGCUUGCUUGCCGAUCACUAUUGACGUGGGUACGAACAAUGAGAAGUUGUUGGACGAUGAGUUCUACAUAGGGCUUAGGCAAAGACGAGCAACUGGACAGGAAUAUGAUGAAUUACUACAUGAAUUCAUGACGGCAGUGAAGCAGAACUAUGGCGAGAGAGUCCUCGUUCAGUUCGAAGACUUUGCCAAUCACAAUGCAUUUGAUCUGCUUGCAAAAUAUGGUACAACACAUCUUGUAUUCAAUGAUGACAUUCAGGGCACAGCAGCUGUGGUCCUUUCUGGGCUCAUGGCAGCACUGAAAUUGCUUGGUGGAACAUUAGCGGAUCACAGAUUCCUAUUUCUUGGGGCUGGAGAGGCUGGCACUGGAAUCGCAGAACUGAUUGCCCUUGAGAUAUCCAAACAGGUUCAGUGCCCUGAUGAUUAUUAUUAUUGCUUGCUUUUCUUGGUGAAUGUCAUGCAGGGUUUGAUUGUAGAAUCCCGCAAGGAGUCCCUGCAGCACUUCAAGAAACCCUGGGCUCAUGACCACGAGCCUGUUGAAACCCUUCUUGAAGCUGUCAAUGAUAUAAAGCCAACGGUAUUGAUUGGAACGUCAGGAGUAGGAAGAACAUUCACUCAAGAAGUGGUUGAGGCCAUGGCCUCUUUUAAUGAGAAACCUCUGAUUCUUGCACUCUCCAAUCCCACCUCACAGUCCGAGUGCACAGCUGAACAAGCAUAUACAUGGACUAAUGGUCGCGCGAUAUAUGCCAGUGGCAGUCCAUUUCCCCCAGUUGAAUAUGAGGGCCAAACAUAUGUCCCCGGGCAGUCGAACAAUGCGUACAUUUUCCCUGGUUUGGGUCUAGGCUUGAUCAUGUCUGGUACAAUCCGUGUUCAUGAUGAUAUGCUUCUUGCAGCAUCGGAAGCUUUGGCUGCUCAGGUUACUCAAGAAAACCUGGAUAAUGGACAGAUAUACCCACCCUUCACUAACAUUAGGAAGAUCUCGGCUCACAUUGCUGCCAAUGUGGCUGCCAAGGCAUAUGAACUGGGCUUGGCAACGCGCCUUCCACGACCGAAGGAUCUGGUGGCGUAUGCUGAGAGCUGUAUGUACAGCCCAUCUUACAGAAACUACCGGUGAAAAGGCUGAGCUCUCAGCAGAAGCAGCAGGAGAGAGGGCACCUGUGUAGCCAGUUGGAUCUCUGGUUUUGUUAUUUCUCUCAUUCAAGUUGGUUAACUUAGUGCUAAAAAAAAAAGGGUUUUUACUUUUGAUCAUAAAAGGGGAAUUGUCAGCUGGUGGGUUUGUUAAAUUUUUAUUUUUUGGGUAAGUUUGAUUGUUGCUUUGGUCAUAAAGACUUACAGAUUUGGAUGGGUAGGAAGGAAGGAAAAGGGCAGACCUUUAAGAUAGGUGGUGGUAGCUGGAUCAAUGCAAGUCUUCAACAAGUUGUGUUCUUGUGAGACUUCAUAGGAACACAAAAAAAAAAAAAAAAGGUGGCGGGGCUAGCUUACUAAUACAUCAAGCAUGAAAUUAAUUUUUUUAAACGAUCUUCAGUCUCUUAUUUAACACCUUCGGAGUCAUCAUAUGGACAA